AUGGCCCGCAGUGAAUCUGGAUCUGAUCCGGCAGGCGUUGACAUCACUAACACAGGUGUCCAUGACUCUCCCUUUCAGCCAGCUUUCACUGAUGACGAGGAUGUUUCGGUACAAUCUGACUUUGCGGCAGGUAUGGACAUUUCCCAUCAGGGGCCACUGUCGAACGACAUUGAGGCUUUGCUAGCCUCACAACGUCGUGUCUCGAGCGCUGAUUCGUCUAGCCAGUCAGAUGCGGAGGUCCCAGAACCCACACCUCCAAUUGCAAGCGCCGACGUCAACUUCACUCCUCCGGGCAUUGCGUAUGAGGCCAGAGCUGCAAGGCCUGAGGCAAGGACGGAGAGCCGUCCAAAGAAGACGGCCACGAAUGCAACCCGGGCUCGUGGCUCAGUGGGUCGACAAGCUCGAGGUGAUCAGGUCACCACGUUCCCUCGAACUCUCCAGUUCCGCCGUCCGCCGUCUCAGCAGGUGAAAACUCAGACUCCUCCUGCAGAGUCACCGCCGUUCGCAUGGGAUUCGAGACUCAUGCAUAGCUCUCAACAUUUGGAGACCGAGCAUGGCAUCGAGAAGGAUGCCAUCGGAUGUGCUAUGUCGGUGAAGCUGGUCAGUUGGUCGGGACCCCUGAAGAUUACCUCGUUCCCGGCAGACGUAGUGCAACGAAACGCUCCGAUUUUGCAUGACCUUUACAAGGCUGCUGGGAUUCAUGUCCCACCGCAGAUGGAAUGGAU